CUUUUAGCAGCGGCUAGCGCGACGCGCGGCACCGGCGGCAGCGCACGAACGCGGGAAAACCCAGACCCGCGAACCAACCAUGACGCGCGGGACGAAGCGCCUCGGCGAGCGCGAGACGGCCGAGCUGCGCGAAGCCUUUGAGCUCUUCGACUCCGAGAAGAGCGGCAAAAUCAACCUGCACGAGCUCAAGGUCCUGCUGCGCGCGCUGGGCUUCCAGGUCAAGAAGACGGACGUGAUCAAGAUGGUCCACGAGCUCGAGCCGUCGAACGAGGGCUCCGUCGACUUCCUGCUCUUCUCCCAGCUCAUGGCCGAGCGCUACGCGGAGCGCGACCCCGAGGAGGAGAUCAUGAAGGCGUUCCAGCUCUUCGACAACGACGGCUCGGGCAAGAUCUCGCUCAAGAACAUGCGCCAGGUCGCGCGCGAGCUCGGCGAGGACCUCUCCGAGGAGGAGCUCCAGGCCAUGAUCGAGGAGUUCGACCGCGACCAGGACGGCGAGAUCAGCCAGGAGGAGUUCCUCUCCAUCAUGCGAUCCGCGGCAUAGGCGCGUCGUAAAGCGACGGCGUCUCU